AUGCUCAUUCCCCGUCCGGUGCCCAGUAAGCUGCUGCCCACGGUGCAGAUCAUCGGCCGCAGCGACAAGACCUUCACCCCCAAGACGCACUUCCUUGACAGCAACCCGUUCAGUUCGCUGGGGGUGAACCGCCGCGAGUUCGAGGCGCGAUCCGGUCUGAGCCUCGUCCAGGUCGCGAUCUGGAGCGCGCACGCCUCGUGGCUUGCGCGCAAGGCUGUCGGCCUGAAUGUCGAUUGGGACUUGUGGGAGUUUGGCCACAUCGCCCCGCCGCCAGACGAGUUGCUCGGCGCGCACCUUCUGCCUGCAUCGUCAUAUGCAGACUCAGUCCCGCCAGAACGGCCCCAGGCGCCGACGCCGGCUCGUGGGACAGCCUCGGGUUCGGACUCGGAGCCAACGUCUUAUAAUUGGUUCUUGGGAGAGCAGGGCCGCCCUCGCGAACUCGACCUACUCGACUCGCCCACGUCAACGUACUCUGACUUCUCGGACGCCUCUAACGAGUAUCUGCAGGACCUCGUCAUGACGCCACCGCAGCCAAAGCGUCGUGAGCCCGUCAGCCUGGCCGACAUUCGCGCCUUCGGGUCGUGGCAGCUGGACGGCGUGCCGUCGUUCGGGUCCGACCUCAACUCGCCGACCAAACUGCGCGAGCGCAUGCGCCGGCGCUCCGAGAAUGUGCUGGGCCGACCGCUGGCCGAGGAUCCCUCGCCUUCUCCGCGGCGCAAUUGCAAGCGCGGAACGUACAGCGGGCUUGGCCUCGGCUUCGCCGAAAAGGUCUCGUUCAGGACGGCGCACAGCAGCAUCGUGCAGCUCGGCACGACCGUCAAAGCAUGCAACACGAGCUCGUGGAGCGAGUCUGCUUCGUCGUCCUCGAUCGGCGAGACGCCAACUCGUUCCGGGGGCGUUGCCCUUCCACUCACGGGGGUCUCGCAGCGCACCCAGCCAAAAUGCCUCACGAAAUAG